ACUCAACCUGCUUACAACCUCACGAUAUAUUAGUAUGACAGAAAAACCGACCCCAACGUCACCAGAUGCACCACCUCCGAUUCAGUCGGCCUCAUCACCAGCAUGCGUCCAUUCUCAAACCCCUGCACCAGGAGGGUAUCCGCAAGUGAUACCUUUGAUUGCCCUAUCAACUUACCCUGCGUUAAUCGAUUGCCCAAAUUGCCGUGCACGGACAAUGACUCAAGUGAAUUUGACUCUUGGACCACGAGCUACGUAAAUCGCCCCCUACGCUUGUUGAUUUGAUAGUGAAAAUAACAUCAGUUGGCAGUUGUUGGUCGUGCAUAUGCUGUCUUUUCCUGGGCCCGUGUGCUGCUAUUUUACCCUGCAUCUUGCCAAGUUGCAAAGACUACGAACAUUAUUGCGGGAAUUGCAACAGGCUUCUCGCUGUGGUGGAACGAAC